AUGACAUCAUCUAGCGUGUUUGCCCUGGGUUGGCAAGCCAUGAUCAACAUCAAGCAAGCUACGUUCUGGAAACAAAAUCAGGACGACCAAACAAUAGCCAAGAAGAAACGGCCGUAUGACAAGACCAACCGCAGUGCCAAUGCUUUGUAUCUCAGAGAGAAGUCUGGGGUGUACAAGAAGAAUGGUUCCGAUCCUUCGAGAAUAAACUCUUUGAUUCAGAAAGACUCCUGUCUAUGUGCCAGCAAAACCUGCUUCAAGCAGUUCGCUCAGUCCAAAGAGUUACAUCAAUUCAUUGGUGAGUUCUGGGACUUGAACAAGCAAGACCAAGAUUCACUUUUGCAGACCUCUUCAACUGGGAGUGGACCUACUCAAGCCUGGACUCUUCUGGGCCAUCCGAUUGGUUUCAAAUGCUUGGCCUCCCUGGUAGCUGUUGGAAAAUCUCGCCUCCGCAACGCAUCAGCACAUGCUGCUCCGGACCUCCGGCACGGAAAGAAGGCUCACCGGAGCAAACCCGGGACUUGGACAGCUGACGCUUUCUUCCAGGUGGCCUAUGACUCGAUAGCCGAAACAUUACCAGACCAGUUUGUUCGUCGAGGCCGAGCCAAAAAAAGAUCUAGACGACGAUGA